AUGGCUGCUUCCAUUGCUCCAGAAUGCAACGAUAUCAAAGACUCCAAAGAUAGCUGGCAGCUGAACGCAAAGGCUAACCACGACAUCCGAUACAGGAAAUAUGACACCUGCUUCCUAAAAUGGUACAGCGAGAAGUACCUUCGUGGCAACACAUCAUCCAACGACUGCGAAGAACUCUUCACCAAGUACAAGUCUUGUCUAAAUAAAUCUCUAAAGGAGAGAGGCAUCGAAUCGAUGCUAGAUGAUGCCCGGAAGAGUAGUAGCGAGACGGACUCGGAGUUUCUCAAGAAGUCCUAG